AUGGGACAAUUAUUAUCUCAUCCAAUUGAAGAUAAACAAUUGGAUUAUAAAAUACACAAUAAACUUUCAUAUUGUGUAGGGGCGAUGCAAGGAUAUCGAAUGACAAUGGAAGAUGCCCAUGAUGUUAAGAUUAAUGAAGAUGAAAGUUUAGCAGUAUUUGGAGUAUUUGAUGGACAUGGUGGGAAACAAUGUUCAGAAUAUUUAGCAAUACAUUUACCAAGAUUAAUAUUUCGAGAAUUACAAAAAUAUAAAAGAAAGAAAGCAAGUCAAUUAGAGAAUUCAGAUCCUGCUGGUGGUAAUAGAAGUAGUGGUAGUGGAGGUAAUGGAAAUGUUAUUCGGAUUAUUCGGGAUUGUUUCUUUCAAAUUGAUUAUGAAUUGAAUCAAAAUUUACUUCAUGCAAUCAAUUGUGGUAGUACUGCAAUUAUAUCAAUCAUGUUAGAUGAUAGAAUAUAUGUAGCGAAUACUGGUGAUUCUAGAUGUAUUUUAUCAAUCAAUGGUUCGGCAAAAACAUUAUCAUUUGAUCAUAAACCAAGUAAUAUGGGAGAAAGAGUUCGAAUUGAAAAUAGUAAUGGUUAUGUAUUGAAUAGUCGAAUAAAUGAAAUUCUUGCAUUAUCAAGAGCAUUUGGAGAUUUUAAAUUUAAAUUACCAUUUAUUGAUAGUUCAAGAAAUAAAUAUAUUAAUGAAAAUAAACUUAAAUUACUGAAAAAAAUUGUUCAUUUACCUCCAGAAUUAUUUCAAGUUACUGUUGAACCUGAUAUAUUAAUUUAUGAUAUUAAGAAUGUUUAUACUCCACCACCUGAGUUUUUAGUGAUUGCUUGUGAUGGAAUUUGGGAUUGUUUUAAGAAUAAUCAAUUGGUGAAAUUAAUUAGAGAUAAAUUGGCAUUUGGUUGGAAAUUAAAUAGAAUUGUCGAAUAUAUUUUGAAUGAUUGUUUAACAAUGGCGAAUAAUUAUACCGGAAUUGGUUUCGAUAAUAUGACAUUAAUCAUAGUUGCAGUUCAUCCUCAAGGUGGUAAUAUGGAUGAUUGGUAUAAAAUGAUGAUUGAUAAAGUAUUAAAAGAGAAAAACUUAAUGUAA